AUGGCGGCGCUGGGCGAGCCGGUGCGGCUGGAGCGAGACAUCUGCAGAGCAAUUGAGUUGCUGGAAAAAUUACAGAGAAGUGGAGAAGUGCCACCACAAAAGCUACAGGCUUUGCAAAGGGUCCUUCAAAGUGAAUUCUGUAAUGCGGUAAGGGAGGUGUAUGAACACGUAUAUGAAACUGUGGAUAUCAGCAGUAGCCCAGAAGUUAGAGCUAAUGCAACAGCAAAGGCCACUGUAGCUGCAUUUGCUGCUAGUGAAGGUCAUUCCCAUCCCAGAGUGGUUGAACUACCCAAAACCGAAGAAGGUCUGGGAUUCAACAUUAUGGGAGGCAAAGAACAAAAUUCUCCAAUCUAUAUCUCUCGAAUUAUCCCUGGCGGUAUAGCUGAUAGACAUGGAGGCCUGAAACGUGGAGACCAGCUGCUUUCUGUGAACGGAGUGAGUGUCGAAGGUGAACACCAUGAAAAAGCAGUAGAACUGCUGAAGGCAGCUCAAGGAAAGGUUAAAUUAGUUGUGCGAUACACGCCAAAGGUCCUGGAAGAAAUGGAGUCAAGAUUUGAAAAAAUGAGAUCAGCAAAACGCAGGCAGCAAAAUUAACAUUGUAUGCAGUAACUUAAAGAGAAAAUAUAUUCCAUUUACAUUUUAUAGUUUGCUUUGUGACUCAGUUGAUCCAAUGCUUGGGCUACAAAAGACACUGUCCUUCUCACAGAAUCACAGAAUGAUUGAGGUUGGAGGGACUCCUGGAGAUCAUCUAGUCCAACCCCCCUGCUCAGAGGAGGGUUCGCUGGAGCAAGUUGCUCAGGAC